AUGGGCGCUCAAUCCCCUGCUUUGUCGGCUCUUAGUGGCCCGACCUAUGUCACGGCGCAAACCCUCAUUCAGCAAGUAGCUUACGUCCUGAGUGACAAGAUCUUCUCCUAUUCCCCAGAGUCCUUUGACUUGGAUACGGCUCUCCGGGAAUGGGCUUCGAAGCAGGAGACCAACGCCAAUGGCGAGUCGCCUGCGCUCAAGACAAUGGAGACUCGCCAAGGUGCCGGUAGCAUCGCCCUGGGCUAUCUCUUCUCCCAGGACUUCGAUCUGAAGAAGCGCCACGUUCCCCAGGGUAUCGUCGCCUCCUCCGCCACCCUCCCCUUCAUGCGAUCUGCUUUGGAGCAGCUUUCUCUUCUCUACUCCGUCGCCAGCCCCGUCGCUGCUCAUGUCGCUGCCGUCGAUUACGCCGGGGAGGAGGGCCUCGUUUCGGACUAUGCCUCCGCUCUCUCCAUCGCCGAAGAAUUGGAACUGGGUCUCGUCUCGAGCGCCUCGGUCCACGAAUCGCAGCACAUGGCUCUGUUGACCACUCUUCUCGCAACCGUGUUGCCCUCCAUUCACAUCUUCGACGGCGUUCGCGUUGGCCGUGAGAAUACCCGCGUUAUCGAUGUAUUGGACCAGGCUGGCCUCGCUCGCACCUAUGAGACCGUCCGCAAGACGUUGGAGGACUCGCGCAGCCGUCACCUCGACACCGAGGGAAAGCUGCUGGAGCUGGUUCAGUCCCUGAACGGCGAGCUGGGCACCGACUACGGCCUCUUUGAAUACCACGGCCAUGCUGAGCCCGUGUCUGUUCUCGUUGCUUUUGGCACCAUCGAGGCUUCACUUACUGCCCAGGUCGCCCGUACCUUGGCUAAGGAUGGCGUUCCUGUGGGUGUCAUCAACGUCCGCGUGUAUCGCCCCUUUGUCGAGGAAGAAUUCCUCCGGGUGCUCCCCAAGUCGGUUAAGACCGUCGGUGUUCUGGGCCAGGUUGCAAAUGAGCAAGCCGUCCAGGAGCAGGGCGUUCGGUCCGCUCUCUAUGAAGAUGUCCUUGCGGCCUUGACCUUCGCCAGUGGUCGUGAACACAUUCCUGCCUGCGUGGACGUCAAAUAUGCCCGCUCGCAGCGCUGGGACCUCAUCAACACUGCCGCCUCCUUCCAGCUCAUCUUUGAGAAACCCAUUGUCCAGAACGACGGCCAGUCUGCCCCUCUUCAACUGCUUGACCCUGCUACCGUGCAAGAAUAUUCCUUCUGGGAUGUCGACACUUCUGUCUGCGACAACGCCACCGCCGCCCUCUCCCAGGCUCUCGCUGCCGAUUCCUCUAGCAACGUUACCACGAGCAAGGCUCACGACAACCUUGUCCAGGGAGGAGCCAUCCGUAUUGACAUUCGCAAGAGCUCUAAGAUCGUGGAUGCUCCCUACUCCGUCACUGCUGCCGAUACCGCUUACGUUGGAGACGUCAAGCUGCUGGGAGAGAUCGAUAUCCCCGCAUCUGUCAAGCAGGGAGGCAACCUUAUUGUGAAUGCCCCUGGCGUCAAGGACGAUGAACUCGAGAAGAAGCUGCCCGUUGCAUUCAGACUCGCGGUUGCACAGCGUGGAAUCAACGUUUACGUUGUCGAUCCAUCGGUUGUGAACGACUCUUCUCUGGAGCCUACCGUCCUCCAGACUGCUUUCUUGCGGGUUGCUUUGCCUUCGCAGGAAGGUGUCGGUAUCCAGAAGCUGGCUUCCGUUACCGGCAACACUGAAUCCUUGCAGACUGUGAGCAACGACCUCAGCAAGAUUCUCCGUCAAAUUGAGAUCCCCGAAGCCUGGAAGACUCCCGAGGAGGGCUCUGAGAUUCCUCAACUGCCCAAGGACAUCUCCCCGAACAGCUUUGCUUCCUUCGACAAGGAUGACACCGAGGCUCCUGGCUACCUCAAGAAUUGGAAGACCGCCGCUAAGGGUCUAGCUUUCAAGGAGGCCUAUGGAACCAAGAAUGCCCUUCGCCCCGAGACGGCCACGAAGACCUUCACUGUCCACGUCAAGGAGAACAGGCGCUUGACCCCUGUCACGUAUGAUCGGAACAUCUUCCACAUCGAGUUCGAUCUGGGUGACUCUGGUCUCAAGUACGACAUCGGUGAGGCGCUGGGUGUGCACGCUGAGAAUGACCCCGCCGACGUCCUGGACUUCAUCCAGUUCUACGGCCUGAACACCGAAGACGUUGUUGAGGUUCCUAGCCGCGAGGAUGUCGCCGUGUUGGAGAACCGUACCGUCUACCAGGCUCUCGUCCAGAACCUUGAUAUCUAUGGUCGCCCACCCAAGCGCUUCUAUGAAGCUCUCGCCGAAUAUGCCACCGACGAGACUGAGAAGAAGGCCCUUCUCAACUUGGCUGCACCCGAGGGCGCUGCCGAGUUCAAGCGUCGUGCUGAGGUUGACACGGUCACUUUCGUCGAUAUUCUGCGCGAGUACCCAUCGGCUCACCCCGAGUUCCACGACCUGGCUCGCAUCAUCGGGCCUCUCAAGCGUCGUGAGUACUCCAUCGCCUCCUGCCAGAAGGUGACCCCCACCUCUGUGGCACUCAUGAUCGUGGCCGUCAACUGGACCGACCCUACUGGACGGGACCGCUUCGGUCUUGCCACCCGGUACCUGAGCGCACUUCAGCCAGGCGCCCCCAUCACCGUCAGCGUCAAGUCCAGCGUGAUGAAGCUGCCGCCCAAGUCCACCCAGCCCCUGAUUAUGGCCGGUCUGGGAACUGGUUUGGCGCCCUUCCGUGCCUUCGUGCAGCACCGUGCGCUCGAGAAGGCCCAAGGCAAGGAGAUCGGUUCGGUGCUCUUGUACAUGGGCUCCCGUCACCAGCGCGAGGAGUACUGCUACGGUGAGGAGUGGGAAGCCUACCAGGAGGCCGGUGUCAUCACCCUCCUGGGUCGCGCCUUCUCCCGUGACCAGCCUGAGAAGAUCUACAUCCAGGACCGCAUGCGCCAGUCUCUGCCCGAGAUCAUCCAGGCGUACAUCCGUGAAGAAGGUGCUUUCUACCUUUGCGGUCCCACUUGGCCCGUGCCCGACGUCACUGCGGUCUUGGAAGAAGCCAUCGCCACCGAGGCCAAGAACAACGGCAAGAAGGUCGAGGCGCGCAAGGAGAUCGAGAAGUUGAAGGACGAGGAGAGAUACGUUCUGGAAGUGUACUAG